GCAACGGCUGAUCUGAUGGAUGAUAUUGACAGGUCUACUAAGUUCCGCGUGCGGUCGCUUUACCCGUAUGAGGGACAGAGACCUGAUGAGCUCAGUAUGCCCGUUGUUGAUGUGUAUGACUGAUCGCUGAUUAUCUUGUUAGGUUUUGUUGAGAACUUGAUCAUUACUGCUCAUCCGUCCAAGACAGGAGGCGAUUGGUGGUAUGGCACCAUCGUGAAGGAUGGGAAAUCUGGAUUCUUCCCACAAACAUACGUGCAGAUGGUGGAACCAGUGAAAGCAAGCCUCGUACCCCAGCCGACCGGCUUUGCGGGUCACACUGCUGCGCCAUUGGCUGCCCCUCCCCAGCAACAUAAUCAGGCACGAGGCAUAGGGUCUACACCCAAGAUCCCAUGGACGCUCUCCAGGGCCGAAAAGAAGCAAUACGACCAGAUUUACAGAGCCUGGGAUACCCAAGGCACUGGUUUCAUUAGCGGUCAGACUGCACUCGAGGUCUUUGGCCAGAGUGGAAUCGACAAGAAUGAUCUGGCUCGCAUCUGGACCCUUGCUGACGCUGAUAACCGCGGCAAGCUCAAUCUUGCCGAAUUCCAUGUCGCAAUGGGCCUGAUGUACCGCAAACUUAAUGGCAAUGACAUACCUGACGAACUCCCAUUCGAACUCAUCCCUCCUGCCUCCCGAGAUCUUGAUGGCUCUGUUAAUUUCCUCAAGGACAUUAUCAAGAAAGAUACACGCGCCCCCUCUCCGUUGGACGCCCCUGCCUCGCGUCUUAAAGAGCGCUCGUCUAAUUCUACAUCUGCACCAGGUGCUGGCGGACGACAAGAUGCUACAGUCUACAAGCACACCAACGCAGAGCCUCCUGGCGAGUUCCACCAGCCCCGCAGCAGGAACCUCGACCGCAGCACUGUGCGCUCGCACAAUGAAAACAACAGCCCUGCCGCAGAUAUGUCUGAUAUAAAACGUCAACUUGCCAACACGCAAAAGAUGCUCGAUGCAAGCGCCGUGGCAGAUGCCGGCGAUGAAGACCUCGAUCGUGAGAUGGGCGAUCUGCGUUACCGCAUAAAGCGGCUGCAAGAUGAUCUGGACUAUGUCUCUCGCGGUCCGAGGAGCGCGAGCAAAGAGGAGGAGCGUAGGAGGUUAGAGAGAGAGCUUUUGCAGCUCAUGCGUGAGCGUGUACCUGAACUCGAGCGCAAGAUCGAGGACCGCCAGGCGAGGAAAGAGAGGGAGAAUCGCGAGUACGCCAGAGAGCGUGAUAAGAGGAACGAGAGAUCUGGUCGGUUUGACGAUACGGAUGACAGGCAUUCGGCCUCCUUGCGCUAUCGAGAUGAAGACCGCGAUUGGCCUUAUUCUCGCAGUGCAUCAAGGUACGAUAGGGAUGACAGAGACUAUGACAGGGAUAGGUCGUACCGUGACCGCCAUGACGAUCGAGAUCCGGAUCGUGGUCUGUCGACAUCAACACGUACUCCACCGCCUCCACCGCCACCUGCUGCUCCAGCAAACAACAUAUUGCAACCUCCAGCACCAGCACUGGGCCCCAGCCGCUCGCCUGCUCCGGGAAUGAAAAACAUGACACCUGAAGAGCUCCAAGCGUUUAUCCAAGCGCAAGCCAAGAAACGUCUCGAAGGGCGUAUGCAAGCUCUAGGCCAAGAUAGGCAGCAUUCAUACUCUGGUUCAUCACUGACUUUAGUGUGACAUUUCACUGAAUUCACCUGUAGUUCGCUGUACACGAAGUGUAAUUUGAAAUGGUUCUAUAGUUAUGUGCGUAGUAUAUGUAGCAAUACACCCAUGUAAUUUUUACGAAUUAAAUCGAGAAAAUGAGGAACGAGCAUACAGUUUGAUCACGUCCUAUAUCGCAAAAUCCU